GACCAGCGGAGCUGAGAGCCGGCGACCAUGCACCGCGUCGGGCGGGCCCUGCUGCUGCCCCUGCAGCUCGCCCUGCUGGUGGCGGCGGGGGCCGGGACGCGCGUGAGCGCACCGCGGAGCCUGGCGUGGGGCCCGGGGCUGCAGGCUGCCGCCGUCCUGCCCGUGCGCUACUUCUUCCUGCAGUCGGUGGACUCGGACGGCCGGAACCUCACUAGCUCGCCGCCAGGUCAAACACAGUUCAAAGUAGUGGUAAAAUCCCUUUCACCUAAAGAGCUGGUCCGUAUUUAUGUCCCUAAACCUUUGGACAGAAAUGAUGGAACAUUUUUGGUGAGAUACAGGAUGCACGAGACUGUCCAUGAGGGACUCAAGAUAGAGAUUCUCUAUGGUGGUGAACAUGUGGCUCAGUCUCCCUAUAUUUUAAAAGGACCCGUGUACCAUGAGUACUGUGACUGCCCAGAAGACGACCCUCAGGUUUGGCAGAAAACUCUGUCUUGUCCAGCCAAUGAACCACAGAUCGAGCAGGAUUUUAUUUCCUUUCCCAGCAUUAAUCUCCAGCAGAUGUUGAAGGAGGUCCCCAAAAGAUUUGGGGACGAGCGGGGUGCUGUUGUUCAUUACACAAUUCUCAGUAACCACAUCUACCGGAGAUCUCUGGGGAAAUACACAGACUUCAAGAUGUUCUCUGAUGAAAUUUUGCUUUCACUUGCAAGAAAGGUCAACCUCCCAGAUUUAGAAUUUUAUAUUAACCUUGGAGAUUGGCCCUUGGAGCACCGAAAAGUCAAUGACACCCCCGGCCCUAUACCUAUCAUUUCCUGGUGUGGUUCCUUAGACUCAAGAGACAUCAUCCUUCCAACGUAUGAUGUCACCCACUCUACACUCGAAGCAAUGAGGGGUGUCACAAAUGAUCUCCUGUCUGUUCAGGGAAACACAGGGCCUUCCUGGAUCAAUAAAACAGAGAAAGCUUUCUUCCGAGGUAGAGAUAGCCGGGAGGAGAGGCUGCAGUUGGUACUUCUGGCCAAAGAAAAUCCACAGCUGCUAGAUGCAGGAAUUACAGGAUAUUUCUUUUUCCAAGAGAAAGAAAAAGAGCUUGGAAAAGCCAAGUUGAUGGGUUUCUUUGAUUUCUUUAAGUACAAGUACCAAGUGAACGUGGAUGGAACUGUGGCUGCGUACAGGUAUCCAUACCUUAUGCUGGGCGACAGCCUGGUCCUGAAGCAGGACUCACCGUAUUACGAACACUUCUAUGUGGGACUAAGGCCGUGGAAACACUAUGUUCCCAUUCAAAGAAACCUCAGUGAUUUACUAGAGAAAGUGAAAUGGGCCAAGGAAAAUGAUGAAGAAGCAAAGAAGAUUGCGAAAGAAGGGCAGUUAACUGCUAGGGACCUGCUCCAGCCGCCCAGGCUUUACUGCUACUAUUACAAAGUACUGCAGAAAUAUGCUGAGCGCCAGGCCAGCAAGCCCACGAUCCGUGACGGGAUGGAACUUGUUCCCCAGCCGGAUGAUGGCACAUCCAUUUGCCAGUGCCACAGGAGGAGGCCUGAGAGGGAAGAGCUUUAAGGAGACCCCGCUUCACACUCUUUGUAUGCCAGCUGCGUCUUUAAGACUUGUGAAAGAUGCUAGGCUGUAAAGAAACAGGGAAACCAGGCCGGUGACUUUUGCUUACACUGCAAUCCUGGCACAGUGGAAGCAGAGGCAAGAGGAUUUCAACACUGCAAAGCCUACCUGAGAUUUGUGGUGACUUCCAGGCCAGCCCAGACUACCCAGUUGGAUCUUAUCAAAAAGCCAGAACAAAAAAAGAAAUGUAGAGAAAUGCUAAGUAUUUAAUCCCACACUCAAGAGACUAAGUCAGAAUCAUGAGUUUCAUUCAGUGUUACCAAAUACCUUUGGAACUGCUUGCUUGAGCCCCCUAGUGGAUAAAGAGAGUCAUAAGUCACUGGGGGGUCUGUGGAGGGCACAGUCACAUGCACUGGCUUGUUUCUAUCUUUAUCAAAGAUAAAAAGUCACUUUCAAUUACUUUUACAUCCAAUUAUGAAAGUGUUUGAGGAGGUUUGAAUUUCUCCUCGUUGUGUCGCUUCUCCUUGUGUAAGCUGGUCCCUGAUGCUUGAUGACGGCGGCCUCCUUUUAGAAGAUCUGAUGAGGUUAACUAAGGAACAAGCCACUGCUAUUUAAGGUGGCAUGGAGGCUGUGGAGGAACACACCACAUCUUGUCAGCUAAGUUUUUGCCAGGACUUAAGACAGAAUUAAGGAGAAUUAAGUGUGUGUGGCAACUCACAAUCUGGCCUGUACCCCUAGUAAAGACAGCACAGCUACAGAUAUAGAUGGUGGCAUCCUGUGGCCAUUUAUGUACUGGGAAUAUAAAAAUAACAGCUAUCCAAGUGAGAUCUUUCAUUUUGUUUGUCCUUCUGAGAAUCCUUGAAAGUUGUUACAGCCAGCUUCAGGAAGCCCCCGUAUCCUGGGGUUCACUAAGAACCCAAUGACAGAGGCAGGUUCUCAGACCCUCCUGGUUCAGCAGGUUGAUAAGCAGCGUAGUGAAGCUCUUAAGAUAAAGGCUUGAAACUUGCCUCUACCUUUUAGGACAAGAUCGAAGUCUCAUACCAUAAAUUCAUUUCUGAUUCUCCAGAACAGCAUCAAUCCAAGAUGCAGUUCCUGACAGAAUGCUCUCUAAAACAAGAGCUACCCACACUCCCAGAGUAAAGGCACUCUCUGAACAGAAAUAGUCAUUUGCUCAUAUCUGUUCUCCUGAAAACCAAUAAGAACACAAGAAUUUGUAUCUCUAACUAGAUCACAGAAAUGUAUCAACAGGACAAAUAUCCCAUAUGGACGUGAGAAAAAAGGCUGCUUCCCUCGCUUCUACCUCUUUAACCACAGGUUCAGAAAGCAAAUGGUAGUUUGUUAGAGUUUUAAAUCGAUGUCGUCUGAGGCUGAAUAGUCCUAGCAGCUAAAAACAAGUUGAGACAAACUGGGCAGUUUCUAUUGACUUGUCCGAUCCCCCACGAUUCUCACUUUGAACAGUCCUACCUUGGAGCACUGCACUGGAGACAGAUUCUCCACAUGAACCUGCAGGGGACAUUUUAUAUCCAAACUGUAACAAGUCUAUUAAGAAAUUUAUCAAGUGGAGUUGUCUAGAUUUCUUGAAAUGAGUUUUAUAUGGCUUUAUGGUUCAUUAACUUGAACAUAUCUUCGGGAAACAAGCUGGAUUAAGCUGGUUCCUUUCUUUCCGACUUACCUAUUGUCCAUGUAGUAGAUUAGCCACUUUUAAUACUGAAAUUUUUAUUAAAGUAUAUCUGGCUUCAGGGGAGUAAAGAGAAGCCACCAGAAAGAGGUUGGAGGGAGAAAGGGGGACAAUGAUAUAAUCAUAUUUUAAUUUCAACAGAAAAAAAGGUUUUAUAUGACUUUUGAAAAGAGGGAUGUAAGGAUAUAAAGAUAGAGGUCUGUGCAUUUGAAUAAACUGUCAACAAUGUUGUGACUUCAAACACUGAGUGGCUGUCCGUCACCCAUCAAUUGUGAGCGCAUUGUCUCCAUAGCUACUGACGAGUUGAGGAACUGAGGACCACCAUUGAUGAGAAGAACGCAGUUUAAUUACACAGCAAUGAAAGCUUUCCAUGACUAAAGGCACAAGACAAUGUGAAGACAUUUCCUAAAAGAAAGGGUCGCGUGGAAGGAUGGCCCGACAGUGGUGGGAAGAGUACAGAGAGAGGAUUUUUACUUCUGCUUUAUACCAUUUUAUAAUGUCCAAAUUGGUUUUUAAUUAUGGCUAUAAAUCAAGUUGUAAAAUACAAAUGUCAACAUGGUAAAAGAAUAAAUGCACAGAGGGGGACUAUAA